AUGGGAGGGGAACUGGAUGACGAGAACAAAGACGUGCCCGAUGACGGCAACGCAGCGCGCAAGCGCGCGUGCCUUGAGCACAUGCUCCCUUCCAUGCAGGAGCGCUUCGCAGAGCUGGCCCGCACUAGCGUCGGGGAGUCGUCUCUCACCGUGGAGGCACUUUUCCAAAGAUAUCAGCGCGUGCUGAAAGUAGGCGAGGGCACCUUCGGCGAGGUGUUUGUUCUUUACGACACCGUGGCCCACACAUACAUCACCAUGAAGCGCAUGCACACGCUGCUCAGCUUGCGACGCCGCAGUCUGGGCAUCCACCGUUGCACUUUUCGGGAAGUGGAACUGCUUGCGGCACUGCAGCAUCCGAACAUUGUCCAGGUGCUUGAUUACCAUAUCCUCUCCGACGGUAGUUUGGUGAUGCUGAUGCCAGUCAUCGCACACGACCUCACAUCUCUGCUGCGUCGGUGGCCCGAAACCCCACGAAGAAGCGGCCACGGCACAGCUUCGGCCGCUGCCUCGACGCGUCCGCGCAUGCCGCUGCACGUCAUCAAGUGCAUCUUUCGCCAGAUCAUCGCCGGGAUUGCCUACCUCCACAAGCACAAAGUGGUUCACCGCGACUUGAAGCCGAGCAACGUCAUGGUCGAUCACACCGGUGUGGUGAAGCUGAUCGACUUCGGGUGGUCGCGGUUCUGUGCCGCGGCAGGGGCCAUGACAGGCCCACCUUGUGUGACUGCUUUUCGGCCGCCGGAGGUGCUGGUGGGGGCGCACAACCACUACACCUUCAGCCUCGACAUCUGGUGCUGUGGGUGCAUCCUGUUCGAGAUGUUGACGGGUGGCACACCGUUUGCAAAGAGCCGCAACGAGGCGGAGUGCCUCGCCAAUAUCGUGGACUGGCUUGGCUCCCCGCCUAGCUCCAGCGAGGUGUACUACCGGUGCACCACCCGCUACCCUUUCCCUCUCGCCCCUGGUCGUCCCGACACGUUCGCGCAGCGGUGUAGCAACUACGGCAUCAAGUCAGCAGAGGCGAUGUUUCUGCGGCGGAUGCUGUGUCUAGAACCUGGGGAGCGGGCCACCGCCGAGGCGCUCCUCAGAGACCCCUGGUUUACAACGGCACCGACGAUGUGCGUGCCAAGGGCCAUUCCGCUUCCGGCGCACAAUAUGUUCCGACUGGUGGAGGUCAAGCGGAAGGAGCUGGAGCACUGA